GAGAUGGCGCCGCGGGCCCGGGCAGCGCCGGGCGGAAGCGGCGGGGGAAGCUGCGCCGGGCCCCGCCGGAACGGAGCCAGGGAGCGCCGAAGGCGGCUUUUCACGGCUCUUCUUGCCCGCCGGAGCCCCACGCUGCCCGGGAGUUGCUGCUGUUGUUUUAAGGACAUUGAUGUGAACAUCAUAGUGAUAGUUCACCUUGACCAUCACUGAAACAAACUCCACAGGAGAUGGAGGACACGGAGCCGUGGUACUCUCAGCAAGUGUAUGCGAGGUACUGGAGGCACUAUGACUUAGCCAUGCGCUGGAUGCGCAGGCACCAGAGAGCCUACAGGAAAGCCAUGGAGUCCUUCUAUCGCCUGCCCUGGCACCCUGCUGCAGCCCCUCUGAGCAGCCACUGCUCAGACUGGGGUGAGAAUGGUCUCCCACACACCCAAAACUAUUCUUCCAGCUGUAGAGCAGAUGUCAGAGUCCCGUACCGCGGGGGAGCUCAGCAGCACACAGGUGCCUACCAGGAGAGGGAGGAUGCUGAUGAGGACUCCGAAAUGGAAGAGAAUGCUGAAGGAGACUCUGAAAUGGAGGAGGACUCCGAGUCUGAAGGGGAGAUAGAGUAUGACUUGAGUAACAUGGAGAUCACAGAGGAGCUUCGCCAGUUUUUUGCAGAGACGGAGAGGCACCGAGAAGAGCUGCGGAGGCAGCAGCAGCUGGAAGCUGAGGACCCAUAUGUGGAGGCUGAUCAAGACCUGCACAGGAGGGUGGAGCGUUCUGUGGAGCCGCCUACAGAAAGGCCUGGGGAGAGGCGCAUGGCAGAAAUGAAGAAACUGUAUGGUGCUGAAGCUGCCAAGAUCCAGGCAAUGGAGGCUGCCAUGCAGCUUGUCUUUGAUAGAAACUGUGACAAAAAGCAGCCCAAAUACUGGCCCAUUAUUCCCCUUAAGCUGUGAGUACCUGGACUGUGCUCUGACAUGGCACAGUGCUAUAGGGUCAGGUGCCUCAGGCUGGGCUACUGAAGGAUCAAACUGCAAAUUUUGGGUUUGGGCUUUGGGGGAGAGUCUGGCAAAGACAGCGUGUAUUUCUUUGGCCUUUUUUUCUUUUAUAGUGUCCAUUCAACCCACAUACAGUUGUCAAGUAGUAAUAGGAGGGACAGGAAUAUCAAACCCAUCUAAAAUUCGCUCAUUUGAUACCUGCUUGCCUUGACUAUGCUUGCAAGAAACAUAACAACGUCCAUACCCAGCUAACGGGGAAAACUUAAAGUAAUGCAGAGAAGAAAAAGACUUUAGGAAUUAUCUGCUCUUCCUGUUUAGGAAUUUGAGUGAUCCUAUUUUCUAGUCUUAUUUAACGUAGUAGUAUUAGGAUCUUGUUUCACACAGCAUAGCUUGAAGUGUUAUGUCUGCUAAUCUUGGAUUUUUUUGCAAACCAGGAGCCCACUGGCCAAGAAACAACUUAUCAAAUUACCAUAGCCCAGACACUGGAAUUCUUUUUCAAAGGUUUAUAAUAAAGCAGGAAGUUUUUCUUCCAGACUGAUACUUGUCUGGCAGGAGUUUGACUCUAAAGCAACAUUAUAUAGGAAAAUGUUUUAAUGAAGGGGUGGGAGAAUCGGGCAGAAGCCUGAUGUGGUCCUGUCUGUUAGAGAUCUGUUUAGCAGAAGAGAAACUUAAGAGGACAGAGCACUAUUGGAGCCAGUGCCUACAGAGAUUUUUGCCAUUCUAAGAAAAAGCAGCAAUGGCCUUGAAGGUUUAAAGAAGGCUUAUUAGAAUGGUAGACUGUAUCUGACCAAUAUAUUCUGAGCUGUGGAAGCCAGGUAGCCCUGUGGGCUACGUCUUAUUUUAGGUGCAGCUUUCCAAUGGUCAAGUGCAUAGGACAGGCACAAAAUUUAAACAUAAGCAAGUAGAUGUGUACUCAUCCAUCUGCACUAGCUGUUUGAUUCUGCUUCUGUCACUCUUUACUUUGAGCCAGUUGUGCUUGCCCAACACCAGGUGGAGUGAGGCACACUGGUGGUUUGUGUAAGAGAGGCUGAACUGACCCCUCAAAACCAGUGGCUCCUUAGAAAAUGGUACACUGAACACUUAAAAGGAGUCCCUGUGAAGCUCUGCUGAUAAAUAUCAUUGUGUUCUGAAGGGCAGUAGUUUGUGUUGCAUUUCCAUGCCAGAGGAAAGGAACUGUCUGCUGCUUUCAUAGUGACAUACUCAUCUGCCUUCCUGGCAACAGAGGAAGGUUACAAUUAAAACUUUAGCUUCAGUUCGUGUUGACUGAGUGUCCAGAGUUUCUCUGUAGCAUGUGUAGCUUGUCAUACACCCAGCAGUUGCUGUGCCCUCUCCAGCAGCCAGCUGCAAACAAGCAAGUCUGCAGUGCAGUUUGGAAUGUCUUUGCUUUCAGCAGUAGUUACUGUUUUUUCAAAGCAGCAUUUCCAUGCCAGUUCCACCUCUUUCAUUUUAGAUGUGAUGAGAUGAAGUUAAAUUGAACACUGAAAUUAAAAAGCCUGCAGUUUCCAAGACUUAUUUCUGGUGUGAUUAAUCUGAAAAACCUCAGUGGGACAGGAGAGAGAAAAAGAUUAUUAACAGUCCUGCAUUUGUCUUCACUCUUGUUUUUGGCGGGUUUUGUCAAAAAUUCUGUGUUCUGUUUGGGUUUCCUUUCAUUGACUAAAUAAACUUUCUUCUUAAUACCUUGUAAUUUACUUUAUAUAUAUAUAUAUAAACAAACUUUCAUACUUAGAAUACAUCAGUUCUUAGAUGAUAAAGCUUUCUUUUAGUUGCUGUAUUGUUUAAGGAAGAUUGAACUUAGAGCAGGAGUGGUUUUAACAUAUGGAGAAGCACGAGGAGUGUUGACAGGACUUUCACAGCAAUGUCAGGCAAUACCACACAUGUAUGGUGUGGUGCAAAAUGAAUGGGAGGGUUGCUGUAUCCACUGGGGGAAAACCCUGUCGCAGAUUAACAUGCAUAAAUUUCUCUGUUCCUAUUUGAAAUGUUUUCCAUGUGGUGAUGGUGUUUUCCCUGUGAAGUUCAGUUCAGUUCAAAAAAAAAAAAAAAAAAAGGAAGAAUGGGUAGGUAGGACUGGGCUGUUUUUACUUUUCAACACAAGUUCUAGUUCUUGCUGUGGUUGAUUCUUCAUCCAACUGGUUCUGCUAGCAGAAGCAGAAAUUCUGGUCUCAAAAAGUAUUUGUAGAGACCUUAUAUAAGACAAACAUUGAAUUCCUUUCCUACUUCACAUAAAAUGUAAAUAAUAAAAAGGAAAUUACCUUG